AUGAUGGAUUGGGAAGUGUUUUUGACAGCGCUCCAUAGUGGCGACGACCGUAUCCAACUACCGACUUUUAUUUACCUUUGCAUUGUGGGCAUUGUGUGUCUUGCUCAAUGGGGAAUUGCUAUCACCGAUCGGCUCAGCACCGGCAUCAAGCAGCUCUUGUCAAUACCUACCAUGAUCGCAUGUCUCCUUUUACCAGUGAUGGUAGCAGGCCAAAACACAGCACUUAAUACUGUUUUGGAGAUCCAAGCGUUUAAUACGGUGUUGCGGUGCCUUGAACCUAUCUAUGUUGCACCAAUAUUGUAUGGCAUCCCAGCUCGUCUCGAUAUCAAGGAGCUCAGUGUUCAGAUGUGGUCAGGUCUGCGUAAUACGACAACGACACCAAACAACCACCAAGGAGAUGCCAGCAGCAGCAACUCACCAAAGGUUUCUCGAUAUUAUCUCUUGGUGCCAAUGAUGGGGUCAAUGAUCUUGAGCAAUAUGGUUGCGUCUUGGUUUGCGACAUUUUCAGGAGAGGACGUCUUUGCCAUGCAACGAAACAAUGAAUAUGGACUCUUUUUCGCCUUUUUCGUCUUUGCGGUGAUAUACCUUACAUUGGUCAUCAACACAUUUGGAUAUAUUUUGCAGCUGACUUACUUGGUGAUCCAUGGUGAACAUGAUUAUCAGCCGGAUGAAUGGCAACCGCUUAUGAAUCAUCCGGUGUUGGCUUCUUCUUUAAAUGAACUAUGGAGCUCCCGUUGGCAUCAAGUGUUUCGUAGCAUUUGGUUGGUGAUCCCCUUUCGCCCUAUGCGUACCUUGGUCAAUCGUGUCUAUGGGAUCAGGGAUGAUGAUAAUGGAGACAAAAAGAGGGAAAAGGCCACGACAUCAAGGGUGGCUAUAGCCGCGGCAACCAUCUCAGUGUUCUUUGUGUCUGGUUUGAUGCAUGAAUACAUUGCUCUUUGUGAAUCCGGCAUAGAUGGAUAUGGAAGGCUUCUCAUAGGCCAAGAAUGCUUCUUUUUCACUUUACAUGGUGUCUUGUGCAUUGUGGAACAAGGCUUGUGGCGGUGGUUCAAGAAGACGAGUCAUCGGCAAUGGACACGAAAGCUGUUGGGUCAUAUUUGGGUGAUGGCUAUCGGAUUCCUUACUUUCCCUUGGUUUGUGAAUGCUUUUGCCUAUUGGGAGGUAUGGCAUGCCAACCCGUUCAAUACGCUUACACCCUUCCUCCUCGAACACGUGUGGAGAAAAUACCCCUUCCUUCACUCUGUAUGUGGAAGCCUAUUAUAG